GUGACGCGGGCCCGCUGCCUCUUCUUCCAGUAGGAGCAGGACCCUCUCCGCGCAGCAGCGCCGCCACUCGGCCUUGCCUAUGCGCUGGAGAUUUAAGCACAGCUCCCGCUGGAUAGCCCACGUGAUGGCCUCGGAGUUCAGCCUGCUGGCCUUUCUCAUUCUUCUGGUCAUGACCUUCUCAGGGAAAUGGCUGAACCCCUCUAAGAGCCGCUUCUAUCGGCGCCACCCCCAAAACAUCACCAACAAAAUCUACACCUCCAUUCACACUAUGUCCACGGGGCUCCUGUAUGCGUGCCUGUCUAAGAGCUGCUCCGACCAUGACAAAGACAGUUUUAAGCUGUGGACAAUGCAUCCAUUUUUGGGGGUGGCUAAGAUAAGCUUCACCCUGGCCUUGGGGCUGGGCUUUGCCCUCACUGCCUGGCUGCACCUGCCGUACCUGUCCCACCAGCUGAGGAUGCCUUUCUACGGCCUGAUUGGGAUCGUCCUGAGCUUCUGUGAAGGUGAGAGAAUAAGAUCUCUCCACUCCUGCCUCCCAGUCACCUUCACUUUCGUCACUCUCCUGCUGUUCCCUAUCAACCUCUGGAUCUACGAGCUGAAGAGGAAUAUAUCCGUCCCCAUCGGCUGGAGCUAUUUCAUCGGCUGGCUGGUGCUCAUCCUGCAUUUCAUUUGUGGGCUCCUUUGCUACCUCAAUUAUAAAAACUUCUGGAGCCUCAUCAGCAACAGCUCCUCCUCUGUCAUCAGCUCGAAGCACAGCGAAGGGUCCGAGUGUUCCUUACACUCCGCCAGACUCGAGGAGGACACCCAGGACCGUCAGGUUUAGAGACAUGCUUCUCACUAUCCCACCCAGCCUUCACUGGCUACAUCUGCCCUCAUCAUGACAGAGAAUGAGCAAAGGACCAGUGGGGGACCGGCCCUGCCACCCCUCCUCCUCAGCUUGGCCUUGUGUGUCUCAGGUGUGUGGAAUAAAUUGUCCAUCUCUUCUUCGUGUGUGACAGUCCUUGAGGAGAACUAGAGGAGGAGGGAGAGGAUGGGAGAAAAACAAAAAUUGUUGUGUUUGCUUGUUUUCCCUGACUCUUCGCGACCGUGAACUUUUGACACCCUUUGAUCCCUGAACCUGCUGAGCAGCCUCUCCCAUUGCAGAGCUGCUCGUAGGUGGGAGGGUUCAUGAGAAUUUGGGUUUGAAGCAACCGGACUGAAAACAGGAAAACAAAAGUAACCUUAGCCAGGCUUAGUGAUGCAUGCCUAUAAUCCCUGGACACUGCUGAGGCAGGAGGAUGGCCAGCCUGAGCUCUAUGAGACUAUGGCCUCAAAAGCAGGAAUAAAAUGUAACAAGCCAAAACGUAUAUGUUAUAUGUAUCUGACUGGAAAAAGCGACUGCAGUUUUUGAGGGAUCACAAACAGAUAUGUUGAGGGCUGCAAAGGACACCAUUCACCAAGUCUGUAUAUACUCUCUCCCUUUUAGUAAGACCAAGUUUAUGAGCUAUUCAUUGUUGGAUAAAAAUUCAUCCUCCCUCAACUGCCUCAAAGUAAUAAACAUUAUUUUACAUAGAGUCUAAAGGAGAGGAAUCU